CUUGUUUAUUAUCGGAGAAACCCACGAGGGGAGCGGAGCUCCAGCCCGGGUUCGCCUGCCAGCGGCGGCUCCAGGUUCCCAUUCCUCGCCUAUCUCUGUUGCUGCCAUCCAGGUGCACGGCCUCCCUCUGCGCGGGAAGAUGGACGUGAUGGAUGGCUGCCAGUUCUCGCCAUCUGAAUAUUUCUACGAUGGCUCCUGCAUCCCGUCCCCCGAGGGAGAUUUCGGGGACGAGUUCGAGCCCCGAGUAGCCGCCUUUGGGGCGCACAAAGCAGAGUUGCAAGGCUCAGACGAGGAUGAGCACGUGCGAGCGCCUACAGGCCACCACCAGGCUGGCCACUGCCUCAUGUGGGCAUGCAAGGCGUGCAAAAGGAAGGCCACCACCAUGGACCGGCGGAAGGCAGCCACCAUGCGCGAGCGGAGGCGCCUGAAGAAGGUUAACCAAGCUUUUGAGACACUCAAGAGAUGCACCACGACCAACCCCAACCAGAGGCUUCCCAAGGUGGAGAUACUCAGGAACGCCAUCCGCUACAUCGAGAGCUUGCAGGAGCUGCUGAGGGAGCAGGUGGAGAACUACUAUAGCCUUCCAGGACAGAGCUGCUCUGAGCCCACCAGCCCCACCUCCAACUGCUCUGAUGGCAUGGCUGAGUGUAACAGCCCCGUCUGGUCCAGAAAGAGCAGCAGUUUUGAUAGCAUCUACUGUCCUGAUGUACCAAAUGUAUACUCCACAGAUAAAAGCUCCUUAUCCAGCUUGGAUUGCUUAUCCAGCAUAGUGGAUCGGAUCACCUCCUCAGAGCAACCUGGGUUGUCUCUCCAGGACCCUGCCUCUCUCUCCCCAGUGGCCAGCAUCGAUUCACAGCCUGCAACCCCAGGGGCCUCUAGUUCCAGGCUCAUCUAUCAUGUGCUAUGAACUAAAAAUCUAAUUUAGAUCAAUUCUGCUUGAAGGGCCUGUUACCCAAGGAGGACAGAGGCCCAAAAAGUCCAAAAACAAGACAACUUGUAAAUAAAGAUUUCCUUUCAGUUGUAAAUUUGUAAAUAUUAUCUUGCCACUUUAUAAGAAAGUGUAUUUAACUGAGGAGUCACCAUUGCAAUUAAUACUUUCCUUUAUUUCUUUUUUUGUUUUGUUUUAGGUACAUAGUUUCAGUAAUAUUGUUUCUGUUAGGGAGCAAUUCAAUCGAAGGUAGCUUGUUGCAAUGCUUAACUUAUAUAUUUUUAAAUAUUGCUUAUCAAAAUAUCUGGUGUUUAGAUCUUCAUUUUUUUCUUCAAAUCAUUCAAAUAUCUAGGGAUCAUUUACAGGGGAUUUUAAAUAUAUUUAACUUUUACUUUUCUCUUUAAUCCUUUGGUUAUAUUGUAUUAAAUAAAAACAUAACAAUACUGCUUAAUACUAUAUAUUUUUAUCUUUUUUUUUAAUAAGAAAUGCAUCAUUUUGACAUAAGCACAAAACAGUACUUGUGGAUAAUUUCAAGAUAUAAGACAUUUUGGAAAUUCCACCAUAAAUAAAAUUAUUUACUAGAA